AUGCGGCAGCUGAAGAAGCGGAGUGCGGGUGCGGCGCUGCUCCCAGGUGAUCCUUCGGAUGUUGACCAGGAGAUGAGCGUGUCUCCGGAACGGACACCACUGCGUGUACCUCGGAUGCCCAACUUGGCCGACCAGUCGGACACGGCAGAUCAACCACAGAGCAUCGCCACUCCGGCCAGGCCGUGCAAAGCCCGAAGAUCGCCUCGAGGCCAGCCGCAAACAAGGAGUCUUGUGGAGCGGGUGUCGUGGACGCUGGUGACAUCACAGGAGUUGCGCCAAGCACCGAACUCACCUCGAACGCCAGCUUUUCGCAUGCGACCAACCUCUCCCCCCAGUCGCUCGGAGUGGCGCCGGUCGCCAGAGGAAGAGCCCGACAUGAACGAAGGCCGCUUGAGACGCGAGUUCUCGGAGAUUCAGCUGAUCGGCAAAGGUCAGUUCUCCACCGUUUACAAGGCAAGCCGGCUGGUCAUUGGCCAUGUCCCAUUUCCGGUUAUUCAGAAGACGUGGGCACACGCUGCUGUGGUCUUUGUGGAGUGGGAUUGCCGCGCAGCAUGUGGCACGCGCGGCGCAGAGUGGCAACUCCUCGUCGAGGUGGACUGGGCAGUCUGGCCCGACAAGAUGUCUUUCAUCGAGGACCAUCGGCACAGGGCUGCACAGGCCUUCUACGGAUUGCCGCACCUGACAGGCACGCACUAUGUUUACGGUGACAGCCGUCAGCUGCAGAGCAGUGAGCUCACCCUGCAAGAGAAUUGGGAAUUCCCCGUUGGUACCAGUCUUGGUUUUCAAAGUGUUCUUUUCCCACAGGCCUUCGGAAGCGGCACCUUAUCUCCUGUCGGUAUAUCUGUUCUGGCUGGUUACAAGUACAGCUCUGUGCAUGUGGAGGUUCCCUCUGACUAUGAAUUCGGUAUUGAUCACCAGGAAGCGAUUGUCAAAUUAGUAUAUUCUGACGCCACCCGCGAGUCUUGCGAAAGGGCUGACUACAACGUUCCUAUGGCUCUGACCCAGAACAGCUCCGUAGCGUCGACUCUGGGGCCAUCGCCUUUGUCUUCAGGAUCUGUGCUGAGUGUGCCAAAUGCAGGCACAAAUGCAUUGUUACGAGAGGUGCAGUGGCCACACCUAACAUUCAUGCAUGGUGGCACGUAUGAGUUAUGCUAUUCACCUGACGGCUCUUUCGAUGGCGACGAAUGGAAGAACAACAUCGUUCCGGUUCAAAUUACAGUGGUCGGUGUCAUCUCCGAGUGCCUCUCAGACGGAUGCCUCGCAAGGGAGCGUUGGGAUUGUUACCUUUUCUAUGGAGGCGAGGAUAUCAGUUCCUGCCGCAUCGACUUUCGACUUUUCGGUGGAGGUCGGGAAGGCUGGUCUGUACAGCUUGCUGGAGUAAGCCGCAUAUCCUGGUCCGAAAGUUGGGGUGACGAUACUUUUGUGGCUGGCGAGUUUGUCCCAGCAACGCGCCGGGAGUGUUCCAACGUGAUCACCGGGCAAAGCAUCGUUCCGGAGCUCCAGAUUUUUCAGAGCUUCUCCUGGGCGCCGCCUUCGGGCUCGGGCCUGAACGCGGACGCUUCCACCGCCGCAACGUUGCCCGGUUUGAAGCCCGAGUUUGCGAUUCGAAGCUUCACCCUGACUGCAUGUUAUUGUCCUAACUAUGAUGGCCCUGACCCCACGACAAGUGCCUGUGAUGAUGCGGGCGAGUUUAUUCAACCAAUUGGUGUUAUUUAUUACUGGAUGAUUCGUAUCUGCGAUGUCGACACCUACACCUCCUGUGGCUCAUCGAGCAAUCCACCGUUUAUGCGCGUUCUGCCUCAGCAGCCCUUCGUCCUGCGAGUCGAGUGUCCUCCGGGGGGCACAUCUUGUGCGCCUGCCAAUAACAAUCGUAUCAAGCUUCUUCCUGGAAUUCCACCUGCAGGUCCAGAUGGCAUCGUACGAAUUGAGGUCCCGGAAAGGGCUAUCUGGGAGCCACAGUCCCGCUGCAAAAUUGAGCGCAGCAUGACCGACGAUAUUGGUUGGUUUCCGCCUUUGGAGUUUGAUGAGUUUGGACUUCUCAUUAACGGUGAUGCGCACCUGCGAGGAGGCGACCGCCGGGACUACAAGUUCUGGGCAGACCCCGCCAUGAUGGGCUUGAUGCCGAUGGCGAGCAAGGUCGAAGUUUGUUAUUGUGAUGAUAACUGCGACAACUCGUUCAACUUCUUCAAGGUGGGCGAAAUUCGUGCAGCCGAAUCGGCAGGUAUUGCACGCUGGACCAAGUUGCCGAAUCAAGGAGGCCUGAUCCAGGAAAUCGAGUCACUUCAAUAUGUGACGAAGCCAGGAGCGCUGACGCUUUAUGGCGGCAUUCAAUCAGAUUUUGCCGAUGGCAUGCAUCCGUAUGAUAGUAUACCAUGGCGAAAGAAGACGACCCUGAAACUCGUCCCUUUCGACAACUGGGCUGCGUACUUGGACUCGAGCGGGGCGCAGGUCACGCUGGAGCGCUCUUUGGGCCUCGACCGUACUGAUUCCGAGGAGAGCCGCCAAGCGUUGAAUGAGGCUUGCGUCAAUGGCACUUUCAAUGCUGAGUACUACAAUGGGCCAAGCUCGGCCGAUCUCGCGAGAGAGUUUCUCGCUUGGGUCGAACCGGGGCCCUCGAACUACUUGCCAUUCAGUGGCGUCGAGAACGACCAGAGCUUCAAUGCUUGGAAAUCUGGUGUGUUCCUGGUAUGCUACUGCGCGAUGCUUGAUGCCGAAGACUUGUGCCAAAGCCCGAUGUACUACAUCAAUGCAGCACGUCUGAUGUUUCGGGGUCCUCUGACGGACAUCCAGCUGGAUUUGCCUACCAAUUUCGUGGUACGCCUUGAUCUGGAAGGCUGGGGAUUUUCGGACACAGACUCAAUCCGGCUAAUCAGCAUGACGCAAACUUGCAGGGAAAAUGCAAACGAUCCGCGUGGGGUCGAUGUCUAUCGUUUGGGAUGUCCUGGGCAGAACAGCUCUAGUUGUCGCAGACCCGAUGUGAAGGAGGACAUUUCUGUUUAUGUGAUUUCAGCCGAGCGCACCGGCAUUUAUAUCACUGACAUCUCAAUUGGGGCAUCUCAGUCCGUGCUGACCUUUAGCGGUGACAUAACGGACGAGCUCUUAGAUGGUGAUGCGAUCACUAUUGAUGAGUCGUCCAUUAUCAUGAACAACAAGAACCACACCGCUUGGAACAUUGCUGAGCAACACGUGGUGUCAAAGCUUUCCGGAUUCUACGGCUACGCCGACGAGCCCAGUGUCAAGCGCAUGCUCUGGAAUCGAGUGUCCUAUGUCCCGGGUGAGACCAACAAGCUAAGCAUCCCUGUCGGCUGGAUCGAGACUGAAACCGACAGCAUCCCACAGUUCACUUUCGUGCAAAACAAGGGUCGCUGGGCUCGACGGAACCGGCUCCAGACGAAGGAAGAGAUCAAAGUUGACUUCUCUGCAACUGUGAAGAUCUGCUGGGGAGCAUUUGAUGAGGGCCGCCAACAGUACUACGGAGAAGCUGGUGUCCUGCAGUUUUCCAGCCCAACCUUCAUGGCAGAUGCAGGAGUGUAUCUCACAACGAGAUUACAAGGAGGAGUGGGUCAGGCGGUCCUAUCCUUCUCUCCAUCAACUGGAACCACAGUUUACAAGGCCUUUCACACGCCACUGGUUGUCCGGCUUCUUUUCAAAGAGGUAGACUUCAUGUUGGAGCCGCUGCUCGCGGGUGCAAUUGAGAAACCAGAAGAGCUCGAAGCCAUGCCGGAAGAGCUUCAUGUGGCCAUGGAGAACGCCACCCAAGCCAUCUGUGGACAGCUCUUUACGGAAAUGUGGACGAACGACGACUCAGGCUUUCCGCUUCCCCGUGGAUGCUACUACGGACCGCUCUACACCGAUGUGGUAGCCAAUGAGCCUGCGCGGCCUUCGUACCGUGAGUAUUUCAUCAUCUUUGAGCCGAAGGCCGGGCUGAAAGAUGUUUGCACCAUCAACGACCAGUUCGGGACGAGGUCAACCCCCUGUGUGUACCAGUUGGCAUUCAAUGCCCGUGUCGGCGAAAUUGGCAUGGUGAAUCCCAGGGAGGUAAUUGGCAUCUACACACAAUGCGCCGGCAAGUCUGGAUCGGCAACGGUUUGUGGCCCGCGCUACAGUGUGGUAGAAUAUGGCCCAGCUUAUGCGACCGCUUCAACAAUGCUUCCAGAGGAAAAUCAUACGCAGCUGGACCGUGUUGAGAUGCUGCCAUGGCCUCAAGCACGAUUGCUCAGCUCACUCGGACUUCGGGCCCUGAGCAAGGAGGCUGCGGAAGAGGUGCUUGAGCUUCAGCCUACACUCACUGUGGAGGACGGUGGAGUUGUUGAGGAGCUCAUGCAAUUUGGUAUCCGUGCUUGGCCAAAGGAUCCGGCGUGGCCUAUCGAGCGCUCCGGGCAGUUGCACCUUUUCUUUCGUCCAUUUACGCUUUGGGAUCUUUCAGGAAUAGCAUUCUGUCAGGCAAACUGUGUACCAAUCGCUGGCAUUUCGUGCAGCGAUGGUCGGGGUCGUGAAUCUGCGGAUUGUCAGGUGAGGCCGAUUGUGAGGACACCCUUUGAGAACGUCGUCCCCAUGCAAAGGAACACUCUCACGCUGGAGUAUCCCGCUCAGAUGGAAGCCAUACCGGAAGCGCGUGGAGACGAGGCUCACCUGUUGAACGUCUCGGAGCUGAGACUUCCAAGAGAUGGCUUCUUCACGCUGCAGAUGUUGGCAGAAUACCUGGACAGCAAUGGACUGAACCCCUCCUCAGCAUUUGUGUCCCCUCAGAUGCGAAGAAUCCCGGUUUCUGGCACUACGACUGGACGUAUUGUCGUAGACGGUCAAACCGGAAACGGUCCCCGUCCUUUUGCUUUUGAGCGACAGAAUGUGCUUAUUGUCCGGCUGAUGAUCGGAGUCACGCUGCGAAGCCCUGCAGAGGAUGAGCCACUGGACACGGAGCCCGAGCUCGAUGAGGAUAAUUUGACCGAGGGAUCCUCGGUCCGGACAGUUCCUCGACCUAUGGUGCAGAUCCUUCUGCCUCCAGAUUAUACCUGCAGCGUGAUUGGAAAUGGCACGGCCGAUCCAGACGGGACAUUGGACAUGUUUCUCCGUGAUUUGAAUGACGAUGGGUAUGUGGACAAUCCGAUGGGAACAGUACUCAGCGGAACCUGGUCAGACGAAGGGCCAAUUUGUUCCUUCACCUUGGAGAAGUGGGCGGCCGUCUUCGCGAGACAGAUUUUCUACGUGCGGCUGUCUGUGAACAAUCCUCGGCAGGCGCUGAUGCGCACCGACCCGACAAAUGUGUGGCAAAUAAAGCUCUCUGGUGCCAACGCGACGCUGCUCGGCGGUUUGGUCAACUUCAUAUCCCUGGCUGAGGAAGUGACGUUGCCGGGCUGGGUUGGCAAUCUGGCCGUUCUUACUCCUCUUGAAGGCGAGUCGCUGCAGCCAUCCAACCUUUCUGCUGGAGCAACAAACGAACUCAGCGUGUUCUUCCAGGUGAUCCAUGCGAUGCCAAGGUUUUCCCACGUUCUUCUGGACGCACCGGAUGGAUUCGACUUUACAGACAACUGUAGUGUUGGCCCACUGGAAGAUGCUUAUUAUGCCGACUGGGACGGACUGCCGUGGGGCGAGACCGUCUUAGGGCCUCGAGCGUUGACAAGCUCUCUCGGACUUGAUGUGAACUGCACCACUGACAACUGGAAGCGGAGUGUGUUGUCGCCUCCGGCUACUGCAAACUUCACCAGGGCGAUCCUGAGGGUUGGCCGUACGCUGAUUUCGAACAAGUACUAUGCCUUCAAGGUCCGAGUCAUUAACUCAGUCCAGUGGGAUGCGUCGCACCAUGAUGACUGGCGAAUCUGGGUUCAGAGCCCAGAAGGCUACAUGGUUGACGGCUCAAAAUACACAAUACAGUUUAAUUCUGCUCGUAUUGACACACUGCCACAGUCCUACUGGGACAAGAGCUGGGGCGUAUACCAAGACCCAAUGCGAUUGCCAUUGUCAUUGGAUUUUGGGCAAAGCCUUCUGCUUCCUACGUCUGUUUUCGACAUGAGUACCUUGAUGACAGUGUAUCCUCUCACUCCAAGCAGUGACGGUCAGCUCAUUAACGUUCGUAUGCUCGCACCAGUUGGCUACGUCUGGGUUCCCCAUGUCACAGAAGGUUGGCGAGGAUAUGUACCCAAUGUCACAUGCGAGUUCUGUGAACUCAUAGUGACUCCCCAAGUCCGGCUAUUUAACGAGCUGAUACUGCCUGACCUUGUCAUGCGUCUCGGGCACCUCUACGGUUUCCAAGUGCGCGUGCGAGUUCCUGAAAGACCUCCCACUCGGUCUUUGAACGCCUUUUACUUGGAGAUGGGUUUCGACCCUGGUGACUUCAACUUGGAUCGAAUGCAAGCAAGCAUGCUUCUGCCUCCACCGCUGCGUGUAGUUUCCCAGGCGCGGGUGGACUCUCUCUGCAAUCUUGCAGGAUAUGCGGACAAUAUCGUCGAGUUUCAUGUUCAUAUUGCAUCUCCGCUUGAGGUGAAUUCGGGCUUCCUGUUCGCUGGUGAUGAACGAACGAGAGGAACUUUGCUUCGCUGCUGGCCAGAGAUCCUGAUUGGGCCUGUUCUGGAUGCUACGAAUGGCCUUUGUUCAGUGACGGAGAACAUUGUCACAGCGUUGCCCGAGAUUCUUCUCUAUGUCGUUCGUGGUACUUCACCGGCAGGCAUGCGUGUGUUCCGCUUCCGUCGAAGUCGCAAUCCUUUGCAGCCCACAAGCCAGGGGGGGACCUGGAAUUUUGGAACAUAUGCGGAUCUGCACAUGUACCCCAAGCACAAAGUGUUGGAUCUGGGAAAGGACAUUCCGGUUCCACGCAUCCUGGCGCCGCUGCUGGAUUCUGGAUUGCUUCAGCCGCCGGUGUAUGAGGCUCCAGGCUAUGGGCGUGACGAUGGUCCACUGCGUCUCAACUUGCUCACCUUCUUCUUCAAGGUCCAAGAGCAUCCGGAAGUUCCGGAGAGCGUCCCUUACCUCUACAUCGCGCUGCGCGGGCCCGCGGGCUUCAGCUUCGAAGAGGAUUGCUUUCCGAACCUUGUGGCCCUCAGUCCAAGCCUGGGCUCUCGACAGUUUCCUUGCAGCGCAGCCCAAUUCCCAACGCAGAUGUGGUGUCCAGGCAUCAUUGAACCUUGGCCAGAGAACUUGGAACCCGCGGCGUGCCUGGGAAUUCUCAGCAGUGCGCGGAUUUCGGUGCCAAAUCCAUUGGUGUUGCAAGCCGCAGCACCUGUGGGUGCGCAAGUUCCUGCUUUUGCGGACAACAGCAUGUAUGCCUUCAAGAUUCAGGUUCAGAAUCCAGAGUUUCAGGUCGAAUCGGGAAGCCAGUGGGCUCUGGACUUUGUGUACGAAGCGGGCGUGCCGUUUGAUUCUCUGCCAGUGGCAACUUUUGAUCACGAAGAAACUAUGCUACAUCUGGCAUCGGCCCUGCAUGUGCAGCCGCUAUUUCAGACGAUAGACCAGCAGUACAUGGCUUUCCGCUUGGACUUCAAGCCCUACACCCUGGUCCCGGCACCAAGAAUGCUCAGGAGCCGGCGUUUGCAACCCCUCGGUGGCGGCGUAGCUCCCUUGGAGCCAGAUGCAGAAGAAGGCAGCCUCGUACUGCUUGCUCCAGCCGGCUUCCAAUUCCGAGCUGGCGAUUUCGAGCUUUGCAUCGAGAUAUCGGUUGAGCGCAAGGACCGCGUCUUGUGGGACACUACAGGCAUAUUCGGAUCCAGUGAUGCCACGUGCUUCAUCACGGGCGACGCUUUGGACAAUUUGACGUACACGUUGAUCAAUGCCAAGGCUUUCGAGCCUUUGAGGUCCUACUCCUUGAAGUCGGUGGUUAAGAAUAUCGAUGUGUCGACAUGGCCCAACUCGAAUGUGUGGCUGCUCGAGUCGUUCAAGAGAUUCGUCGCAACCGGCCAACUCAUUCGGCUGGAUAGCUUCAACGUUCCGGGAACGCCGACGAUCGCACCUUCACCCGAGUUUAUGGUGAUGAAUACGGCACAGGAAUUUACGGCAGGAGUACGGACGCCACACAUCAACGUCUCGAUGGUCUUCAACUCUGUCCUGCGAAAUGGCGAUGUUAUCAUUGUCACGCCGCCACCAGGCUUUGACCUCCUUUCCGAAGACGGGGGAUGCCGAGACUUCCAAUGGAUCGGAACCUUUCGACCAUUAGUUCUGUCACCUCCUCCGGCGUGCAACUGCUCGAUGACACCCUUGCAGUGCAAGCUUGAGCUGAACGUCAUGGAGAGCAGCCAGUUGCGUGGCCUUGCUCUGGGCGAGCAGGUGAGAAUUGCCUUUGAACUGAGCGUGACGAACCCUGUGAUGACGCCGGACAUAGUGGAGGAUUACUGGCGGAUGGAGCUAUGGCACGGGACCAGUCCUCCUUAUCCUUUCAGUGGAGGGCUUGCUGAGAGCUGGCCCGUCUAUGGAACACUGGACAACUUGACAGUUUCUUUGGUGGGCUUCGAGAGACGCGCGGGUGCUAUGAGCGAUCUACGCUUCGAUUUUGUCCCCAGUGUUUGGGGCACAGCAUUGGACAUCGUGGUCCAUGAGCCAACUGGAUUCCAGUUCCAGAACGCACGCGUCAACGCACCAUGGAUUCGACAUGAACUUACAACAGGAAGUCGCCUGGUCCUCAUCGGUGGCACGCUUGUGCCAGGACAGAUGUCCCAGCUGACUCUAUCCCUUGUGCGGCUGGGAGAUGGCGGUGGACCCACUCGCAUCAGCAUUCGCGCCUUUGCAGAUUCGCAAUUAACGCGUGAGACGGCCAGGAGGAUCAACUUCCUGCAGGGCUUCCGACUUCCUGGUGCAGUCGUGGCUGAAAAUCUGCGGCUUUGGAGCGAGACCGUAGUGGACCACUGGUCCGGCGAGCAAGCAGACUCCGUCAGCCCCUUGCUGCCAUGCCAUACAAACACGCUGGCACGGUUCGAGAUCUUCAUCCGGCUGAGCAAUGUGAUUCUGCAUGGAGACGCGCUGAUCAUCACGAACAGCGUGCCCUUCGGACAAGCGCCUUGGGAGCCUUCCACAGAAGCGGAGUAUGAAUCAACAUUGGAGAUGUGUUUGGGCCCCGGCCAGCACGGAGGCAUCGCGGAAAAUGGAACGUGGAUAUGUGACCGCAUCCAGGAAGUCAACAUCACGAGCCGGGUUGUCAUUCGCAACAGCGUGGGCAUUGUCAUCGGAAUGCGGUUGACUUUUGGGGCCAUGAGGCCGGAGUACGUACUCAGCCAGGCCUCCUUGGAUGAGGUGAGAAAUCGAUUAAAGCUCGAAGGAGAUCUCGAAUUUCGCGAGCUGGCUCUGGAGGCCAACCGAGAUUACCGCCUACGCAUCUGGCUUCGUGCGUCUCCUGCACCGACUAUGUGGAGCAUUUUGACAGAAGAUGCCCUUGGAUUUCUGUCCAAUACAAACGAUGGUCUGACACCGGGUGCCGUUGCUGUCCCAGAAAUGACCCUGACGGUGACUUCUGGUGUGACCCGGGUACCGCCGGAAUCCGCCGUCUACGUGCGUGUUCACGUGCGAACUGGUCCGUCGCAAGGGCCUUUCGGCAAGCUUCAGCUGCUUCUGCCGUAUGGCUUCGCGCCCUAUGGUGCUUCGGCAGCUCCCUCGUCCAGAUUGAUCGUCGCCUUGAACCUCGAGCAGGGCGAGGGUGUGCUGGACCAAGUCACAGGGAUGAUCUUCAACUUGCGGAUCAUGACGCCAUCUACCAAUGUGCCCGACUUGCGCUGGUUCGUACUGGCCAAAGAGGUUAUCGUUGACGACAUCACUGGAAUCACAGUUGAACCUAUCAACGGUUGGGCCGAAGCUGGUGGAUUUGGUGUUGCACCCUGUCCGGUGUCGCUCAUGUACGGUGCCAUUCCCAGCGCAACAGGUUGGUUGUCAAUUUCUUUCUAUGUCCCGGCGAUGGUUGCGGGCAAAUUUGCCCUGAUCACGGCGCCAGAUACCUUUUUAGUGCAAUGUCCCAAGGUCGAAGAAACAGGCUUGGAACUCGCCUGCGAAGACUUCCGAGUCCGCGAAGCCCUUCCCCUGUUUCUACAGUCACUGCAGCGGACGGUGAACGUCACUCUGGUGGGAGGAACUUCAGAGGGGGACAAUGUGCUGUACAUGUUCCUGCUCAAUGUGCUGACUCCCGCAGAGCCCAACGUUUUCGAUGUUUGGCAGAUCAGAGUGCUGGAUGAUGGAUUUGCAGUGGUGGAUGCGGCUCUAGCAGUGCAGCAGCCACGCUUCGUGCUGGAUCUUGAAAUGGGCAACCCUUCCCUGUCUUGGCUGCAGCCACCGCAGAUGGGCGAGGUCUCCAACGUGCAAGUUGAGGUGAGCUUUCUCCGCAGAGUCAAAGAUGUGAAAGCCAUCUUGGUGUCCCUGCCGGAGAACUACCGACAUGACAUUCAGCAUAAGAACCAGUUGCGGAACGUCAAUAAACAAUUCCCGCUGACGAUUGAUACGGAAUGGCGGGUCUUCGACAACUUGAGGUACAUCAAGGUGCUUGUGGAAGUGGCCGAGACAGGUGAGGCUCAGAUUAUCAUCGCCGGCACUUACCAGUGGCAAUUUCCCGUCAUGGUUCCUUUGAUCAAGCCGUUUACAAGCGAGUGGUAUGUUAGCCUAUGCUCAGAGCAGACGUGCACGGUGGUGCGUGAUCCUGACAUCAUGGCGUCUUUUCCAGUUCCCAACAACGAGCCGCAGCUGCCGGCCAAAGUGUUUCAGGUGGUGUCAACGACGGGGGCUGGCUGUCAUGAUCACUUCUCCUGGAUGGUCAUGAGCAUGUUGCUUUUUGCCGUAUUUUCGUAG